AUGAGCAGCGUUGCUGGGGGGCGGCGUGACCAGCGCGCAAGCAGCGAGACAGAGAUCGAGUGUGACGAGUUGCAACCCAUGAUUGAGGAAGAAGGUACCGCAGGCUGGCGACGAUUGCUUAAGAUGCCGCCACAGCCGACGCUUGCCCCUGUCACGCCCACGUUCUCGUUGCACGAUCUGGCGCAGAAGAAAGAGCCUGGGACGGACGAACAAGCGGCGCCAUCGACGCUGGCGGGUCACGUCAUGUGGAAACUCUCCAUGCGCGUGUCGUCGCACAACGAGAGCCGUCUGAUGCAGCACAUCUCCCGCUCUAUUUUCAGUCGUGGAACUCACAAGCACGUAGAUCGGUUUCAGCUCGAGUGUGAUCCAGACGCUGGUGCACAGUCCAAGCCUAAGAAGACAACAAGGAUGUCGAUCCCAGGGCUUAGGAGGAUAGAGGACGGUGCCCCUAGCCACCAAAAAUGUGGACAACCCAAGGAUACAGACGCUGUUGCAUGCCCCCUUGAAAGAGGACGACCUUCUUCUGCAGCUGUGGCAGGUGCAGCUUCGGCUUCAUCGGCUUCUUCAGCUUCGUCGGCAUCGUCGGCAACUGGUGCAGGCAUCCUGCCGCCAAUGCCGCCACUUGUCUUCUCGCCGACGAAAGGAAGAGUACAGAAACGAGCACGCAGCAUGACAUUAGAGCAAUAUACCAAGUGGCAGUACACUGGACUGCGCCCGGGUCUUUCGGUGCGUGUCGUGCGCUGCGAGUCGGUUAGCUCUAUGCCCGCCGUUACGGAGUACGUUGUGCAUGUCGUGGACCUGCACACCCGUGUGUUUUGGAUCACGAAGAAGCGCUUUAGCGACUUUUACUUUCUUCGGCGAAAAGUUCGAGGUAUGAUUCGACGUGCGCCGGAAACGGAGGAUGAGGAAAAGGACUAUUUACGUUUCUUGCUGGACUUACCAUUUCCACGACGACGAUUUAGGCCUGCAGGUGUUGCGGCAGUCGCACGUGGCAUUGGCGAGAUUGAGGUUUUUAUGAGAAACCUGGCAGCAUUGGAGCCGCAGUCCCGUCUCCAGCGAAGCAUUUUGAUGGAGUUGCAGCUCGAGAUGUGCUCGGCAGAAUUUGUGUCGUCAUUAGAAAAGAUUGACACGACUGGCGAACCAAUUGAGCCCAAGUGGCUCACCUACGAUCUCUUUCGACGCCUUAACUGCGAAGGUGCCGUCGAGGGAAGUACGUGCUACCGAUUUCUGCACGUAUUUCGCAAUCGUGUUACCACAAUUGAAACGGCAGUGUGCAGUAAAGUGGAAGGAGCGAUGCUUGCGGCGUCUGCAGUUAAGGACCUGCGCAAAACGGUUACGAGCAUUGAAAAGUACAUUUCCGAGAAUCUGGACCCCCAGUACGCGGACACGCUGUCUUUGCUGGAUCAAAGCGUUGAUGUGUCAUCCGUUUUAGACGACUGCGUGUUCCACGCUGUAGAAGACACCAUUUUUGUACCGCUUGAGAAGCAGGUGAAUUUUCUUGUGAGCGAGACCGUUGACACGGAAGUUGAACAGCGUCUGGCGCGAAACAUUGAGCGCUUGAAGUGUCGGUCACAAAUUGAGAGCGGUAUUCCAGAAUAUCUGCAGUCCGACGAAGACUGGGGACUAUCUUGUCACCACUUGAGUACGAUUGAUGAACGAACAUUACCCAUGGACAAGAUCCAGGAGCUGCUUCGUGCGGCGCUGGAGAUUUUUAAGAGCUGCGGAGAGAAGAAUCUGGAUUGGCAUGACAAUUCAGCGCUGACAGCAGACGACUACCUUCCUAUCCACAUUUACGUAGUGGUGAAGAGCGGGUUGAAGCGACCACUAGCUACCAAGGAGCUAUUGGGUGCCAUGAUCCAUCCGUCCCUGAUGUUGGGCGAAGUGGGUUACUUUCUCACAAUGUUUGAAGUCGCCCUCAAGUACAUUGCCGACAUGUAA